CUGGAGUUAACGCAGUUUACUGGAAGUCAGAGUGAGAGCAAAAAAAAUGGUCAAAGUGGGACAGAACCAAGACCUGUUAUAAAAAAAAAAAAACACCACAAAUAUUUUCUUUAUCGAGGGUCCAGCCCAGCUGCAGUGGUUGAGACGUCGACCGAGGGCAAUUCUAGCUGCUGCUGAUCAGAGGAAGAGAUGGUAACCGACAAGAAUGAGUACACUCCCGUUCAGGGGACACCCUCUGCACCAUCGCUCCCCGGACAGCCUGCCUUUCCCAUCGGCUUUGACAACAUGAACAUGCCAGGCUCAAACAUGUACGGAGGCCCUGCUGUCCCUGGUGGUCUCCCUGGUCCCGGUGGCCUGCCUUAUCCUCCACCUACUGCCUUUGGACACAUUCCUCCUGGAGCUUUCGGGAUGAACCCCCAAAGCGACCCAGGGUAUGGACCAAAACCCUCUUCACCUUAUUCUCCACCAGGCCAGGGUGGGGUUGGAAACUUCAGUGAUGACAUUUACCAUCACGAGGAGGAACCACCACCGUUUCAUGAGAACCAAGACUUUGAUUUUGGACUAGAUAACAAGAGCAUUAGAAGAGCCUUUAUUCGAAAAGUGUUCUUAGUGUUGACCGCUCAGCUCUUGGUGACAUUUGCCUUUGUGGCCGUCUUCACCUUUGUGGAAGAAGUCAAGGUCUUUGUUCGGGUGAACACCUGGACUUAUCUGCUGUCCUACGGGAUAUUCUUUGUUUCAGUUUGCGUUAUCAGCUGCUGUGGAAGUGUUCGCCGAAGACAUCCUUGGAACCUGAUCGCACUCUCUGUCCUGACUCUGAGCAUGUCCUACAUGGUGGGAAUGAUCGCCAGCUUCCAUCAGACAGACAGUGUUAUCAUGGCCGUGGGCAUCACAGCAAUUGUGUGCUUCACAGUGGUGAUCUUCUCUCUGCAGACAAAGUACGACUUCACUUCCUGUCAUGGCGUGCUUUUCGUCUGUUUAAUCGUCCUGCUCCUCUUCGGCAUCCUCUGCAUCUUCAUCCGCAACAGAAUCUUGGACAUUGUGUAUGGUGGGCUGGGAGCUUUACUCUUCACCUGCUUCUUGGCAGUGGACACCCAGCUGCUGCUUGGCAACAAGGAACUGGCUCUGAGUCCAGAGGAAUACGUCUUUGCUGCUCUUAACCUGUACACAGACAUCAUCAACAUCUUCCUCUACAUUCUCGCCAUCAUUGGAAGAGCUAGGGGAAGUUAAACAGGAGGAACAAGAUGCAACAUUUGAAGGCAAAAAUGUUUAAGUUCAUGCUUAGAAGUAGUUUCCAUAUUCCUGAUUUCUAUCCUGUUCUGUAGUGUACACUGAUCACAUAGUUUGAUGAUUUUUUUUUUCUUCUCUUUGUAAAUUUUCUUUUCUAUAAUAAUAUAAAUAGAUGUUCUAUGCUGUGUUUGGAGUUUGGGGGGGCUUGUUAUUGAAGUUUUAUGAGGUGUAUGACUAUUGUACAAAUGUUUUGGUUUAGAAAAGUAUGUGCUAUGUCCGGGUUAAUCUCAGUAUACUGAGCUCAACAGCAGUUGUGUUUUGGUCUGUUGCAUUUUAGCACCUUUUAUGGGCCUAAACUACAAAAGAAAACAGGAAGUAGGCCAUGAGUGAGGAUUCUUUUUUCAAAAGAACUAUUUACAACUUCAAAAUUGACAAAACUUCACCUGUAAGCUAUUAGUAAUGAGCAGAGCUAAAAAGGACAUCAAAUGAAACUGAAACAGCUGCUGCCCUUGCAUGUAAACAAGCCAAUCUUCAUGACAACAGAGUAAACAACAUCAGCUGGUGAAGACAGCAAGAUGUGUUUGAAAGCUUUAGACAAAGAUUUUAAGUGAAACUUUUGGGGAUUUUUUGUCAAACUGCAAUUUUCAAGUUGAAAAAUAGUCUUUCUGAUUACCUAUAAAUGUUUCUUUUCUAAACUGGA